GUGUGGAAAGAGUUUGUCAACCAGACAUCAUCUUAAGGAACACAUGAGAGUUCACACUGGAGAGAAGCCGUUCACAUGUGAUCAGUGUGGAAAGAGUUUCUCAACCAAACAAUAUCUUGAGGUUCACAUGAGAGUUCAUACAGGAGAGAAGCUGUUCACAUGUGAUCAAUGUGGGAAGAGUUUCAGUCAAUCAUCAACCCUUAAAGCACACAUGAGGAUCCACACUGGAGAGAAGCCGUUCACAUGUGAUCAGUGUGGGAAGAGCUUCAAACAAAAAGGACAUCUUAAGAAUCAUAUGAAAGUUCACACCGGAGAGAAGCCACACACAUGUGAUCAAUGUGACAAAACAUUUCUCUGGGCAUCAAACCUGAAGAGACACCUGAGAGUUCAUACAAAGGAGAAGCCACAUUCAUGUUCUGUGUGUGGAAAGAGUUUUUCACUGCUGUCAUAUUUAAAUGAACAUGAGAAAACACACACUGGUGUGAGAGAGUACAUGUGCUUUGAGUGUGAGAAGACUUGUACUACAUGGAGCGAUUUAAAAAAGCACCACAGAAUUCACACUGGAGAAAAACCUUACAAGUGUUCACACUGUGACAAGAGAUUCAAUCAGUAAUCACAUCUGAAAACACAUGAGAGGAUCCACAGCAGAGAGAAGCUGCACACGUGAUCAGUGUGGAAAGAGUUUCUCUUUUAAAAGUCACCUGAAGAUACACAUGAAGAUCCAUGCAGUGGAGAAACCACAUCACUGCAGUCUGAAAUGAAGUAGUUCAUUUUUAUGUGCUGAACAAAAAAAUCUCUUCUGUGUAAGUUAGCCACAGCCAAAUCUCUCCUCUCCAGCUAUAGUUGGUGCCAUGGGUGACAAGUUUUAUUUAUUUAUUUUUUGCAGUUACAAAUUGUCUUUUUGUACCUGCAUCAGCAAAUUAUUCACAAAAAUUUUAAAGGUCCCCUAGAACAUGUUUUUACAAGAUGUAAUAUAUGUCU